ACUUGAACCGAUUACACUAAACAAGACGCGACAAUUGCGUACAUAAUAAUCCUGUGGCGACUUUAAGUGUCGUGCACUGUUUGAAAACCGGUGUCGCACGUUUCUAGCAAUUUUGUCAAAAUGAAAUAUAUUGGAUUUCUUUUACUUGUUGCUUUGGUAUUCGUAUGUGAGUGUAGAAAUGAUAGUACAAAGGAAGAAUGGAAACGUUUUAAGUUGCAGUUCAACAAAACAUACACAACUAAUAAAGAAGAACUAAAACGAUAUAAAGUAUUUAAAGACAAUCUUAAGAAUAUUCACAAACAUAAUAAACGAUUUGAGAAAGGCAAGGAGACUUAUUUGCAAGAAAUGAAUAGAUUUGGAGAUUUGACGGACAAAGAAUUUGGUGAUAUUUAUGGCCUAGCCGAAAAUGAUUUUGUUAUAAAAUAUGACGAUAAUACAAAAGUGAAGGAAAAGAAAGGUGAAAACACAUCCACUUCUAACAGUAAAGAUGAAUUUUUGGAUUGGAGUAAAACUGGGGCUGUAACUCCAGCAAAAGAUCAAGGCACAUGUGGAUCUUGUUGGAUAUUUAGUGCAGUAGCUGCCUUGGAGAGUUACAAUUUUAGAAAAACAGGCAAGUUAGUUGCUUUCAGCGAACAAAACGUUGUGGACUGUUUCUCGAACGAUACUUGCAACGGAGGAGUACCAGAGUCUGCUGCUGCGUAUAUAUACAAUAAUGGAAUCCAUCUGGAAUCGGAUUAUCCUUACACCGCGGGACAAGACGCUUGCAAAGUUCUUAUAAAACCGCCUAGCAGAAUAGCUUUUAACGAUACAGCUUAUACGGAAGGUACUGAUGAGGAUCUUAAACAAGGGGUUAAAGAACAUGGCCCCCUUUCAGUUUGUUUGUACGUGACAGCCAAAUGGAGGUUUUAUAGUAGCGGAGUUUGGUAUCAUAACAAAUGUUCACCCUACUCAAAUCACUGCGUGCUGUUGGUCGGAUACGGUACAGAGAAAGGAAACGAUUACUGGAUAUUUAAAAACUCGUGGGGUCCAAACUGGGGCCAAAAUGGUUAUAUUAAAGUGGCCAGGAAUAAACAUGAGAACUACUGCGGAAUAAGUCAUGGAAUGUUUAUAACAGAUCAAAAAUCAGAAGACAUUUCAGAUUCUCUCAAAGAAAAUUUAUUAUAAAUAUUAAGAACAGAUGCACCUAAUAAUAAGUAUUUAAAAAUAUUGCGUAAUAAAAUAUAUGAAGUAAAUAAAUCAAUAAAAUAUUUAAUUAAAUCAGUGUUUAUCUUCAGAGUCGCAUGAUCCAUUAGAAAACUGUGAUCCACACGUAUGAAUAAAAGGAGACAUAAUUUAUUGAAAAUG